UAUAUCAAUUGCACUUCUUGGACAUAGAAUUAGGCCAACCGAUUUUUAUCAUGAAAAUAAAAUAUCCCUGACAGGAUGUAGGCUUAUAUUUAGCCCAUUACAUGGUUUAUAUAACUUCAAAGAAUAGUUUUGCGCUCUACUAGGGUGAAUAGAUUGUACCACUUUCCAGGAUUGCGGGUGUCCCGUGAGGGUUUCCCCCUGCUGUUUACUGGAGGCUUGCGCAGAUAAAGUUCACAGAACGCAGCAGGUGCACGUCUCUCUACUCGCCCCGCCCACUCUACAACUAUGAUUUAAGUUAAGUUGUCACGCUGCAUUAUGAUCUUUCGAGACUGAUUGAUUUCAAAACUCAAAAGGGUUUCGAGUUUCAGAGAGAUGAAUCCGGAGUCGGACUACAGCAUGUCUACAGUGAGCUGUGGAAACGGGAAGCUCCGCUCGUGGCUGAUCGAGCAGGUUGACACCGGGAAGUAUACGGGCCUCGUGUGGGAGAACGACGACAAGAGCAUCUUCAGGAUACCGUGGAAGCAUGCGGGCAAGCAGGACUACAACCGGGACGAGGAUGCCGCUCUCUUCAAGGCUUGGGCGCUGUUUAAAGGCAAGUUUCGCGAGGGCAUCGACAAACCGGACCCGCCAACGUGGAAGACGCGACUGCGGUGCGCGCUCAACAAAAGUAACGACUUCGAAGAGCUCGUGGAGAAGAGUCAGCUGGACAUCUCAGACCCCUACAAAGUCUACCGGAUCAUACCGGAGGGCGCCAAGAGACAUUUCUUGCUAUCAGGAUCCAAACAGGAGGAUGGUGGCAGCCCGCUGAGUCCCCCGAGCUAUCCCAUGCACCCCUCUUACCCCACCCUACAGACUCAGAUGUCGGGGUACAUGCCCAGUGCAGAGCGAGGCUGGAUGAGGGACUAUCUUCCAGAGCAGGCCUCUCUCCCUGAGCUGCCCUAUGCCCAGUGCUCCUACCCCUCACGCAGCCUACCCUGGGCCCAGGGCCCCAGCAUGGACAACGGCUACCAGAUCACAGGGUCCUUCUACACCUACCCUACUGAUGGCCAGCCCUCCCCCUUCACACUGGACACCAGCAUGAGAUCAGCUGAGGCACUCUCUGAUAUGCGGUUACAUGUGUCAGUGUUCUACCGGGACUCCUUGUGGAGGGAGGUGACCACCUCCAGUCCUGAAGGCUGUCGCAUCACUCCCUGCUCUCCAGACGACAAGCUCUAUUCCCCCACUGGAGGUCCAGACCUGGUGCCCCUACCCCUGGACAGCCUCCCAGCCCUGGGGAAGGGGGAGGAGUGCCCCCCCAGCCCCCCUGGUGGUACCCUGGAGAGGGGCGUGUUGCUGUGGAUGGCCCCAGAUGGCCUCUACGCUCGGCGGCUGUGCCAGGAGAGAGUGUUCUGGGAAGGAGGGUUAUCACCCUACGGAGACAAACCUAACAAGCUGGAGAGGGAACACACCUGUAAACUACUGCACACACAGGACUACCUCGCAGAGUUGCAGGGCUAUGCCCUCCACGGCCGGCCCCCUCCACGUCUCCAGGUGAUGCUGAGCUUUGGAGACGAGUGUCUGGACCCGCAGAGACAGAGGAGGACCCUCACUGUACAGGUGGAGCCCAUGUUCGCCAGGCAGCUCCUGUACUACACCCAGCACCAGCAGACCAGCGGACACUACUACCGCAGCUACGACCUCUCCCUCCCAGGGGUCACGGAACACAGCAUGACACCUGCCUUAACCGAGGACUACCAGAGGGUCAUCGCGCAUCACCAUAGCAACACCCUGCAGGACUGACAGAUCUGAACAUCUCUGAUCACAUUCAGACUGCGGUGCAGGACAUGGGGAGAGGAGGAGACGGGAGAAAGCCUGGGGAGAGGAGGAGAGUCGUUUCACUGUACUCUGGAUCCCAGAUUUCACUCAAAGCCGAAGCAGAACUAUGCCACUCCAAUCCAAGACAAACUGAACCAAGCCAGGCCAGACUGAACUGAACCAAGCCAGGCUAUGGAGGAACAUACACCGGGACCAUUGAAGAGACUGUAACAGAUAGUUGUAUACUGUAGAUGUGUUUGUGUUUUGUAAGGACUCAAGGGAAUCAAUGCCCCAACAUUUCUUUGGACCAAACUUUAUUUCAACAUCUCUCAGGGAGCCGUCCUUCGGCCUUAGAGACCCAAACUUGAUUGACAUUUUGUGUUUCAACGUCCACUUUCUGACAGCAACAGAACUGACAGCUGUAGUGAUUGUAUCGACAUAUGUGUUUUUGUAUGUGCUUAAUUGUGUUUGCUCAAUUUCUUCUGUAAAUAUGUUUUACAUUUUACCUGACUACUGUUGCUACUACUGUAUGCAGAUUUCCCAGCAUCAAUACUGAAUAAUAGGGAAUAAUGUAAUAGAGAUUACCAAAGACUGCCUCUGAGAUUGGACAACACUGACUAGCAUGCUGAAUCUUCGAUAAGAUCAGUGAGAUUGGACUACACAGAAACACUGACUAGCAUGCUGAACCCUUCGAUAAGCUCAGUCUGUCAUACAUACGGAAUAUGUUUUGUAAUCGAAAAAUA